GUCAAAGCGCACAUGUUCGCCCUGUAUGUGUAGGCUCUAUGUGUGUGUAUGUGUGUGUGUUGUAACAUUGCUGUGAAUGCAGAAAUACUACCGACAACACUCUUGACAUUGGUAAAGUAACUUUGUGAGGCGACUUUCUUCACUAUCAAUGAAAGAUAUCCUGACUUUGUGAUAAGUGAGGGCUAAAAAGUUGUCCGGGGGUUCGAGCGGAGACGCGAAACGCGUCCAGCAUCGUGACGGGACCCUCCUGAAGGGAACAGCAGGCUUUGCGCCGCGGACAUGGGGCGGUCAUGCAAGAACUGUGGGAGCACGUCCAUCGACGUGGACCAGUCGCGUGGCGAUGCGGUCUGCAUGGGAUGUGGCUCGGUGCUGGAGGACAACAUCAUCGUGUCGGAAGUGGAGUUCGCUGAACGCGGCGGGUCGGCGCACGCCAUGGGACAGUUUGUCGCCGGAGACAGCGGAGGAAAGAAUCCCAACUUUGGAGACGCGUACUACACCGGCAGAGAGUCCCGCGCCCAGACGCUCAGUAACGCGAGGAACAGCAUCACCACUCUGGGCCGCUCGCUGCAGAUGAACCAGCACUGUCUGGACACGGCCUACAACUUCUACAAGAUGGCGCUGUCCAAGCGGCUGACCUACGGCCGCCGCUCCGCCCACGUGGUCGCCGCCUGCCUCUACCUGGUCUGCCGCACCGAGGGCACGCCCCACAUGCUGCUGGACCUCAGUGACAUCGUGCAGGUGAACGUGUACAUCCUGGGCAGAACCUUCCUGGUCCUGGCCCGAGAGCUCUGCAUCAACGCCCCGGCCAUAGACCCGUGUCUGUACAUCCCGCGCUUCGCCCAGCUGCUGGAGUUCGGGGAGAAGAACCGGGACGUGUCGAUGACGGCGCUGCGCCUCCUCCAGAGGAUGAAGAGGGACUGGAUGCACACGGGACGGAGGCCCUCUGGCCUCUGUGGGGCAGCUCUGCUGGUCGCCGCUCGCAUGCACGAUUUCCGCCGCACCAUCAAGGAGAUCAUCGCGGUGGUGAAGGUGUGUGAGGCCACACUGAGGAAACGGUUGACAGAGUUUGAGGCCACGCCCACCAGCCACCUGACGGUGGAGGAGUUCAUGAAGGUGGACCUGGCCACGGAGUGUGACCCCCCCUCCUUCACCGCCGGGAAGACCAAGAACAAAAUGGCAGAGCUAGAGAUGGAGCUGGAGAAGAAGAUGGUGGACGUGGAAGGCGAGAUCCAGAGCUACCACGACGAGAUCGAGACGGAGCUGGAGAGCUGCAGACCCAAGCUCAAGGGCGUGUACGCUGCCUACACCGGACACGACGAGUCGGACUCGGCGCCGGAGGUGAUCGAAGGCGAGGAGGUGGACGAGGAGGUGGACGAGGAGCUGAUGGCCGUGGCCAAGCACUUUGGGAAGGAGCUGAGCGAGCUCUCCCUGGCCGAUCUGAAGAAGGGAGGAGGAGGAGGAGGAGGAGGAGGCGGUGAGGAUGAUGACGAGGAGGAGACGGAGGGAGCGGGGGGAGGGCGCCGAGGCCCCUCGCUGGAGUCCAUCCUGGGGCCCAUGCCCACCGCCGCCAGCCUGGGGCUCCAGGACUCCAUCAGGACGGCCGUCGACGAGGAGAAGGAGAACGACGCCGGAGAAAGCGGGGAGCUGGACCUGAGCGGGAUCGACGACGGCGAGAUUGAACGGUAUCUCCUCGACGACAAUGAAAUCAAGAUCAAGACGGCUGUGUGGAUGGCCGAGAACUCGGACUACCUGAAGGAACAGAAAGAGAAGGAAGCCAAGAUCGCCUUGGAGAAGGAGCUGGGCAUCUACAAGGAGAAGAAGACGCGGGCGUCGGGGAAGAAGCGGGGGCCGAUCCGGGCGCGCACGGCGGACGAGGCCAUCGAGAAGAUGCUGGAGCGCAAGAAGAUCUCGUCCAAGAUCAACUACGACGUCCUGAAGGACCUCAACGUCCGGCCGCCCGCCAGCCCCGCCCACUCGGCCACGCCCCCCCGCAGCGCCACGCCCACCAGGGGGUUCGCCGGGCGCAACGCCGUCCGCAGCCACGCCCCCGCCCCGCUGAGCCUGGGCACGCCGCUGAGCUCCCUGGGAAAAAGGCUCCAGCCCUUCAUCACCGGACAGCCUGCGAAGAAGGUGGCCGUGGAACAGGCCCCGGCCCUGGGCGUGGCCCCGGGCGCCGCGGACCCCUCCCGUCCCACGGCGGUGGCGGCGGUGGUGGAGAGCGGGCCGGUGGUCUACGACGACGCGGGCGACGACGAAGAGGACGAUGACGAGGAGCCCUGCUUCAGCGCCAUGCAGCUCAUGGGCAGCAACGAUUAUGGCUGUGAGGGGGACUACGACGAGGGGUUCUAGCCCCCCCCCCCCCCCCCCCGCGGUGUCAGACGGGGGAGGGAACCAUUCUGACAACGACGCCGACGGGCGGCUUCCGCACGGGGGAACAUGGCCGCCGCACCUCGCCGAACGGUGACGUCAUUGCGGUUAUGAAGAGGAGGACCAGCGGCGUCCGGAACAAACACUUCAGAUGAAGACACUACGAACCAAACGCACCCCCUACUGGCCCCGCCCAGCUAGAGGGGAGGGAGGGGAUCCAAUGAUUGAGUUUUGGAUCCACUUCCUCCUUCAGAUGAAUCCGCUCAAUCAGCUUCCAGGGAUCCAGUGUUAGGAUUGGCUCAUUCUGGAUUCUGUUGCCUCUGAUUGGUUGACUGGGGUGAGGUUGGGGACGGAUGAUUGGUUGGAUCGGUGAUGGCCCAUCGAUGCGAAUGAAUGCCUUAAAGUCCGUCUGUCGGACAUGCUGUCUGUCUGUCUGUCUGUCCUCCAAAGGGUUAGCACUGCUGUGACAGAAACACACACACACACACACACACAGACACACACACACAGACAGACACAGACAGACACAGACACACACAGACACACACACACAGACACACACACACACACACACAGACAGACAGCACACACACACACAGACACACACAGACACACACACACAGACAGACACACACAGACACACACACAGACACACACACAGACAGAGAGAGAGAGAGAGAGUUACAAUCUUUGGCUGUAAAUCUGCCUGUUUCUGGAGGUAGGUUCGAGAGCAGCGUUUAGUACUGUUGUGCGUUUGGCGUCUAACGCAGUCGUGUCCCCUCCAGGGAAGAGGUCGUCACAGAUGCAGCGGGAGUUUUGUUGUCGGGAUUUUAUCUCAUCUCAUUUUUAUUUUCGUUUUUUGAUCUUCUUUUGGGGCUGUGGGCGUGGCCAUACCCUGUGACUGACAGGCCGGUAUUAAGAUGCGUAUUGCUGCUAAAUAUAAUAUUCUAUAUGUUGACAUGAGCCUCAGAAGGCUGUGAACCCUGGCUGCUUCAGUAAAGACUCCCUCAAACGAA